UAGCUAUUCAGAGAGAAAGACGAACGAGCGAGAGAGAGAGGCGGAGAAGCUAGGAGACGCCACGGACAAACCGGUAAAGGGAUUGCGGGUCUCAAACCCACGAUAAACACGGAGCGCUGAGGCUCGUUUCGAGGAGAGAGAGGGAGCUGUGAUCGAAAAAAGGAAGGGGAGGGGACGGCUAACUUUGACAGACCUGCACUGGCCUCCAGUAGCGGACGCGAGCCCGGGUUUCGUUUUUGAGUGACGCCGACAAAAACAGUGAUCUGAGGGAGCCUCUGAGUCGUCGCCGCACCGGAUCGUCACCCCUCCUUUGCCGCCACUCGACCUGCCACCAUGACGUCGGAGCUGGAGAGCAGCUUGACCUCCAUGGACUGGCUGCCGCAGUUGACCAUGCGGGCGGCCAUUCAGAAAGCGGACGCCCAGAACGCUCACGGGCCUGGCAUGGCUAAGAAGAGCGCCCUGCUGGACCCCAACACCACACUGGACCAGGAAGAGGUGCAGCAGCACAAGGACGGCAAACCACCCUACAGCUACGCCAGCCUCAUCACCUUUGCCAUCAACAGCUCGCCAAAGAAGAAAAUGACACUGAGCGAGAUCUACCAGUGGAUCUGUGACAAUUUCCCCUAUUACAGGGAAGCCGGCAGCGGGUGGAAGAACUCAAUACGGCACAAUCUCUCUUUGAACAAGUGUUUUCUCAAAGUGCCUCGCUCCAAAGAUGACCCGGGAAAGGGUUCGUACUGGGCAAUCGACACAAAUCCAAAGGAGGACACGCUGCCCACACGACCCAAGAAGAGGCCACGGUCUGGAGAGCGGGCAUCCACGCCGUACAGCCUGGAGUCGGAUAACUUGGGAAUGGACUGCAUCAUCUCUGGAAGUGCCUCUCCAACGCUGGCAAUCAACACUGUGACUAACAAGGUGGCUUUGUACAACCCUGACCAGGACGGGAGCGACAGCCCUCGAAGCAGCCUUAACAAUAGCCUCUCUGACCAGAGUCUGGCCUCUGUUAAUCUCAACAGCGUGGGCAGCGUGCACAGCUACACACCAGUGACGAAUCAUCCAGAGUCGGUGUCCCAGUCCAUGAGCUUACAGCAGGCCCCUCAGGCCCAGUACAACAUACCGGAACGCGACAAGCAGCUGCUCUUCUCCGACUUCGAAGAUCUCAGUGCCUCCUUCCGCAGCCUUUACAAGACUGUGUUUGAGCAGUCCUACAACCAACAGGGUCUGAUGGGUAUGCCCUCGGAGUCGUCCCAGCAGACCUCCUGCUCUUACCAACACUCCCCCAGCAGCACCAUCAGCACCCACCCUCACAACAACCAGAACAGCAUCACUAACUCUCACCCCAACAACAUCCCCAACAGCGGUAGCCAGGUGCCUCUCUCCCACCCCCCUCACUCGGCCCACAACUCGCCCCACGGACAGCACCUCUCCCAGCAUGGCCCUCACACCCAGCACAGCCAGCACCCACACACGGCACACAGCCAGCACAGCCAACAUCCCCAGCACAGCCAACACAGCCAGCACGGGCAGCAUCCCUCCCAGCACCAGGCCCACGGCCAGCACACACCGCAGCAGCAGCAGCAGCACCAGAAUCUCUCUCACCAGCCUCAUCCUGCCCAGCAACAGAUGCAGUGCAACACCGGUCUUCCCAGUGACUGGUACCCCAACCUGGAUGCGCUAAAAGAAAGCUGCCGCAUCGCCAGCAGCUACAACUGGGCUGAUGUUGAUCUGUCACCAUUUCAAGGUUUGAAAGAGAGCAUGAGACAGGCGGAGCUGAAUAAUUGGUCUCUCGAGCCCACUCAGAUGGCAGACCUCUGCUCCUCCAUCAAUCAAUUCUUUGCUCGCACUGGAAUCCAUUCACAAGGGGCAGUGCAACCUCCAGUGUGCCACGGCUCCAUGCAUCCAAAGCCCAACCCACACAUCAACACAGGAAACAUGUACAUGGACUCGAGACAGAGCUUGAGUUCGAUGAUGGGUCCGCCGGGAUAUCCUCAUAUGCCGCCCAUGAGCAGCGCUGGCCCCACUAUGACAGGCCAUCACGCUCAGAUGAACCAGCAGCAUAUGAUGCCUGCUGGAAACUUCCAGAUACGCCGCAUGCCUGCCGACGACAUCCAGGACGACUUCGACUGGGACUCCAUCGUCUAACCCAGUCCCCGAGAGCGAAGAGCGGUGCAGACAAAACGAGAGCGGAGCGUAUGGAGGCAGAGUGUUUGUGUUACAGAGCAAGAGGGCUGGACCUGAGGUGUCUGCAUGCCCGUGACAGAAGGCAGAUUGGAAUGGGACACUUGAAAAAUAGUGCAGGUGUUGUUCAUUAUGACCUGAAAGAGACUCCUGUGUUCCUGGUGUUUUUAUGAAACAAAAACAAACAAAAAAAAGAUAUUACUUUGAAGACAAUCACAUUUACUAGGACAUGUUUAAGUGAUCGCUUUUAUACUUGUCCAAGGGGCAAGUGGUUUGUUUAAGUCAAAUGUCUCCCGACCCACAGCCUCUCUGCAAACUUGCCAAGCUCGCCCCUGCUCUUCAACUGUUGUUCUGUGAUUUUUCGAGUGAUUGCAUCUGGCUUGUUCUCCCCUCUCAUGGUGACAAAAACUCAGGCCUCGACCGCCUAUCAGACAAGAUUGGCUCCCUCAUUUGUGUCGUGAAACUUCAUCUGAGAUGCAGGGCACUUUUCAGAAGAGGGCCGAUGGUGCAGGUAACGUGACACUCCCAAGCACCUGCCGUCGUUCAGGCACAAAUAACCCUUUUUUUUUUUUUCUUUUCUUUUCUUUUUUUUUUUUUUUUUUUGCUCCUCCGACCCUACACACUGUAAUAUGCCGACGUCGCCAUGCAUCCAAAUCCGAAUCCAGCAGAUUUUACUGAUUGUUAAGGCUCAUAACGAAUCGUGUAAACCACAUUACCUGCAGUAUUUGUACUUGUGUAUCUUUGCUGUCUGAAGUGUGUCAUGUUUUUUGUCACUAAUAGUUUUAGGCUAGUCUGAACGUGUGCGUCAGAAAAUGAUAUUGAUCCAGACCUCACUAUUAUGGAUUUCCUCAUCGCUUUGCGUUUGCAUGUACAAUCCUCGUUCUGUUGACCAUCGCCCCGUCAACCUGUAGUCUCCUGAUCGGACUGCGUUGCUUUUCGAGUUCGUUUGAAGCCCUCAGGACCCGCCACAGCAAAUUUCACACGUUGUUUAGGAGCGAUCGCUUCCCUGACCGGAGAUUUGUGGGAUACCGGAGAGCUCUGUUCACGUUGAGAAAUCAGCCUGCUGUGUGGCUCUUUACAGCAGCGUUGAGAAGGAGAUGAAAAUCGCGUCAAGGCACAUUUGCUUAAUGGUCCGCAAUAAAAGAGUCCUCUUUAUUUUAACCCUAGGACCAACUGACAUGAAAUCGCUUGCUCUUUGCUGCACUGACGAGGACUUUUUGCAGAGAGCGUACCUUAGCUUUUGAAUGCUGGGUGUAGCGUAAUACUGAGAGAAAGGAGAUGACUAAAAUACUUAGAUACACUAAUAGCCUUAUUUUGGAGGAAUGUUAACUGCUGCGUUUGAAAUUCUACUACUAAGAGGUCGUGCAGAGGUUAAAUUGCACACAUUCAGACUGUCCUUCAAAAAGAACCAAAAAAACAACAACAACAACAAAAAAACAUCAACCUGGAUGCAGGAAAUAGACAGUAACUACUCUAUCAAGUGUCGCGCCCUUAAGCAACUGUUGCCGUAAUUAGCAUACUGCAGUCUAUAUUUUAAGACGUUUAUUUGAAAGUGUCUUCUAACAUUGCAAAACACAGUGUCAAUGUGGAAUGUUUUUGUGCAAUAUAGUUGAUUUAGGGCUAUCAGUGAUUACAAUCAUCUCUUUUGAAGAGCACAAAACUAAUGCACAAGAUCUGGACUAGAAUAGCGGAACCCAAAUUAGAAAUAUGUCCGGUCUUUGACCUUUAGCAGGGUAUUUCUCACUGAGAAGCAGCACUUCGAUUAGACCAAAUUUUAGAGUGCAGCGCUGGUUUAGAAAAAGCCAUAAAAUGCGGUUGAAAAGGGAAGGAGUGAAUCCGUUUCUCAUAGCUUGAACGUUUACGCACACCUUGGUCUCCAGUUGUUUUCAGUAAUCUUUAUGGGCUUUGUUUCGUUAUUCAUCACGGUGUAAGUGAUAAUAGACUUGGAAAAGUGAAAUACUAUUAUGACAAUCUUUUUUUUUUGUUUAUAUUUCAGUAUUAUGAACUCUCAAAGUAUUUACACUAGUCAUUGAGAUGUAUUGGCCUUUGAUAAGGCCCUUAAUAUAAUGGAACAGUUUGUCGUAUGUCCUUCAUGAAAACACGUACAUUUAAACCUCAAAGUUAGAAAGGAAAAAAAAUAUGGUUUACAUAAAUUUUUUUAGCACCAUUAAUAUUUGGAGUUCUGACAUUUAAUUACCAUGAAACAUUAUCGCAGUUAUAAUGGCACACAAGUACAUCUCCCUUCCAAAACUUUUUCAGACAUUUUACAUUAUUCAUUUUUCUUUUAGUAAGUCCUGUUAUUCUCAGCAAUGAUUCAUUGGUUAUUUUCUCAUUACUGUAAAACAGUAUUUGCGUUAUUUAAUGAAAAAGAUUUGCCUAAAGGCAGUAAAAAUUAUUUAGCUUUUUUUUAACAGCCUAACUAUUUACUUGGGGAAGAAAAGGUUAAAAAUAAAAUAUUUCUACCUUUUGAUUUUGGGGACAAAUAUGAAGGAACCCAGUCAAACGUUCUUCAUGUUCAUGACAUUUCAAGUCCUGUCCACUAUCAGUUAUGUAGUUUGUUACAUAUCCAUGUGUCCCCUCAUUACAUAAGCAAUUGUCAGAUUCUCUAAUGCUAAUAGGGCUUACAUUGGCAAAAGCGUAUUACUGAAGCCUAACUUAACCUAGAAAUCCAAUUAAAUUGGCCAUGAUGUUGAUUUUGUGAGUCUGCUCACAUUGCCAGAUUCUACAAGGAAGGAAAAACGGUGACAGAACCGUUAUCCACUUUACCCCAGACAGACUGUUCAGCGUCUGUGUGUUGUUUUUUUUUGUUUUGUUUGACUGCGACGCUGUGCACAUUGUUCUUAAGCUAAGCUUCAUUGCCCAAAUCUGCUUUGGCUCCCUGCAUCCUGUUCUUGCUCUUUCCCUUCCAUCUCAUGUUUUUGUUUGGAUACCGUUGGAGUGCUCACAAGCCUUGCUCACCCAGCCUCGGUGUUUGUCACACAAAGAGCUUUGAAAGCUUUUAUCUGGUCAUUUGUGCACUUUGAAAAGAAUUCAGAAGCACAAGCGCUCACGUCGUUCGUGAAGUCAAAGCGGGAUCUCACCUCCAACAUCUGCCAUCGAUCCACCCUCGGUGUGAGUUUAAUACCAUACUGUGCUGUUGGCCCUCGAUCAUGGUUUGUCUGGAUGCCGACCGCAGAAGGAGGGUCAGUUUUCGGUUGGAAAUAUUUCGUAUGUAUUGCCAAUCUGUUCGUGGUAGUGAUGUGUUUGGAUCUCUUGAUUGCCAAAGAGAGAAAGUUUCAUUUCGCAACAUUUAAGGCAGCAGGUAAUUGGCGUCCUUCCCAGGUGUAGGAUAACGCAAGUGUGAAGGAUCGGACCGAACAGAAAGCGUGAAGGGAGCGCUAGAGAAUAUGAGCUGGACAGGUGACGAGUUCUCUCUCUCUCUUUUCCUCUUUUUCUCAAAAAAGAACAAGGAAAAAACAUUGCUCCUUUGAUUUUGUGUUUGUGUUGUGUGAAAGUUUUAACUGUUUAAAGACAACUCGGUUUUCGUAAAACAAAAGAAAAAAAAAAAGAACUAAAAACAAGUGGGGAUGCAUCUGCCAGAGAGAUUACUGUAAUCAAGGAAAGAAGCCUUGUUACAUUUACGGGAGAAAACUGCCAACAAGUUCUGGUAUUUGGAGCCUAUUUUAUUCAUUGUUGGUGUGUCGUUGUGCUUAUUGUAAAUAUAUGUCUUUUCGAUUGUCCUUUUUUCCUCUGGGGUGGUGAGGGAUCAAGGCAAGGGCUCGGGUUCACCUGCGAAAGAAAAGAGGGAGAUGAAUACAGAGUAUUUUGUUAUUGUCCAAUCCAAGGGUGACACAGUAUGUAUAUAUCUAUAUUGUAUAUAUGUGAUGAAAAUGCGUUGGCUUUUUGUGUGACACUACCUUUUACCUGUACUAUGGUUCAACAUUCAGUGUUUCAGUGUUUAUAUUCUAUUUUAAUCUUUGUUUUCUGUUUGAUUUCGUCCUGGUCAUUACUUGUAUUUGUUGUUUCCUUUAUUUUCCCCUUUUUGUCCAUUUUGUUAUUGCACGGUUUAUUACUUUUGCUGUCCAAUAAGAUGACACGGCUUCUCUUUGUAUUGGUUUUAGUGCUGUAAAAUAACUCUGAAGUGUCAUUAGGAUUGUCAAUACCACCCCUUCCCCGAUAUGCAUGAAUGGCACUUAAAGAAAUAAAAUAUGUUAACUUCACUGUG